GUGAACAUAGCUAUAGAAAUUGAAAGAAGCCAGACAUUAUCAAUCAAUAAUCUCUUAUUAAAAUACCACCGAGUGCUCCUAAAACAGUAGAGAGCCACUUGUCAGGCCUAAAGGUGUUGGGGAAAUUGUCAAGGCAACCCACCACCCAAUAGGAGCAGACUGAAGCUGCCUAUCUUGGGCUUCUGAGGAUUCAAAAAACUCUGGCUUUAAUUCACUGCAGAGGAAGAAGCCAGAGCAAGGUGUGCACACUUGUGGCCCAUUUGCACGUCCAGGCGGUCCAGGACUGAGAUACUGCAACCUCCCAAGAUGAAGACAAUGAUCCGCUUUCCAAUGAAAAUUGGGAUAAUUUUUUUGUUUUUUUUCAUGGAAUCUCUGCUCUACAUGUCCAUUUAUUCGGCUCCUGUAAAUUCCUGUGACCCAGCUAAGAGGAUCAUUAUAAGGAGCCUUGAUAUGGAUGACAAAGGACACAAAGUGCAACACAAGAGUGUUCCUAACAGUAUCAACGCAGAUUCUACAAAUCUUGACAUGUACAAUGAAGAGGCAUACACUGAAUCAAAUGAAUUUUUGAUGGAUCGUUCUCCAGAGAAGAAAGGAAUCAACUGGGACGAAGUGAUUCAUAAACGGCCUCUUCUUGCAGAAGUCAUUUCGCUGGGAUGUUUAUCUUUCCUGUUUGCUUUGACUGGUGGUGCAGCUCUGUGGUUAACCAUAUAUACACACCUGAAACGUGAGGAAACCAGAGAGCUUGAUAAUCUUGCUGAAAAGCUUAUGCCAUUAAAAACAUCAAAAAAAACUGAGAAGCCAAAGGAACCAGUUGCCAAGCCCAGAGAAAAGGAAAGGGAGUUCAAAUCAUUACUCCAUGCAGUUUUGAAGAAUGAUAGGAAGCAAAGGAGACGUAGAAAAUGCAUGAGACCAAAUUCCAGGUUGAAUUUAACAAGAAGAAAACUGUUUGCUCGCAAGAAAAGAAGUCAGAAUUUAGAAGUUCACAAGCAAGACAGUAAAAUUCCGAAAAUGAAUCAGCCAAUUGGAGGCUUUCAGGGCACGUUUGAGAAGGAGAAUCCAAACAGAAAGAAAAUGCAAGCUGGUGAGAUGAAGGAACGGGUCAUGGAGUCACCACACCUUGCUGAUCAGACCCCAACCAAAAUGCCCAGCUUUCCAAAGUCCAACAUGAAGUGAAAAAAAAAAAGCCAGUUGGAAAUGAAAAUGGAAGCAGGGAGGAGGGGAAUAAAAAUGGUGUUAAGUCUUA